AUGGCAAACGCUGUUAAACGUCUUAUUCCAUUACUUGACCGUGUUUUAAUCAAAAGAGCCGAGGCGGUAACCAAAACGGCAGGCGGCAUCGUUAUUCCUGAAAAGGCUCAGUCUAAGGUGUUACAUGGAGAAGUGGUUGCUGUAGGACCUGGAGCAAGGAAAGAAGACGGCGAAUUUAUUCCCGUAUUAGUGAAAGUUGGUGACAGAGUUCUCCUACCAGAGUACGGCGGUACUAAAGUUUCCCUGGAAAAUGAUGAUAAGGAGUAUCAUCUCUUCAGGGAAUCGGACAUUCUAGCCAAGAUAGAAAAUUAA